AUGGUCUUAGCUCUCUCUACCCUUCCGUUUUUGCACGAUUCCAACUGCUAUUUAAUCUCUCUAGCCACGGAACAGAACAAUGGCACAGAGCUGACUGAAUUUAUUCUCCUGGGAUUUGCCUGUCAACACAAGUCCUGGCAUAUCCUCUUCAUACUAUUUCUGUUGAUCUAUGUGACCAGCCUCGUGGGUAAUAUCGGGAUGAUCCUACUCAUCAAGAUCAAUUCUUGCCUUCACACGCCUAUGUACUUUUUCCUCCAACACUUGGCAUUUGUUGAUCUCUGCUAUACCUCUGCUAUCACUCCCAAGAUGUUGCAAAACUUUGUAGGGACAGAACAAUCCAUCUCAUUCAUAGGAUGUAUGAUGCAGUUACUAGUCUACGGUGCUUUUGCCACAGCUGACUGCUACAUCCUGGCUGCCAUGGCAGUGGACCGUUAUGUGGCCAUCUGUAACCCCCUCCGCUACACAACAGUCAUGUCCCAGAGAGUCUGCAUGCAACUCUUAUUUGGUUCAUACCUGAUAGGCUGCCUGAAUGCCUCUGUAAACACAGGUUUUCUUUUCUCACUGAACUUUUGCAAAUCCAACAAAAUUAACCACUUUUUCUGUGAUGAACCCCCAAUUCUUGCCCUCUCAUGCUCCAAUGUUUACUUCAGUACCAUGCUUCUCACUGCAUUUGUGGGGUUUAACUUGACAUUUACUGUGUUGGUUGUCAUCUUUUCCUACAUGUAUAUCGUGGCUGCCAUCCUGAAGAUAUCUUCUGCUGCAGGGAGGAAGAAAGCCUUCUCCACAUGCACCUCCCACCUGACUGCCAUCACCAUUUUCUAUGGGAAUCUCUUCUACAUGUAUCUGCACCAGGGGACCAUUGGGUCUCAAGAGCAAGCAAAGGUGGCUUCUGUGUUUUAUGGAAUUGUGAUCCCCAUGUUGAAUCCUCUUAUCUACAGCCUGAGAAACCAGGAUGUGAAGGAAGCCCUGAAACAGAUAGGAAAGAAGUGCUUCUAGUCUGAACGUUAAUUGUAACCCAACAUGGUUCAACAAGCAAGCCAACAGCUAUCUCUUCUUUCUCAAUAACAGAAGAAGCAGCAAAUGUUUGUGAGAUACAAAGUAAUUCCUUAGUUAUAUUGACACUACUUUUAAGAUUUUG